GCGAUAUGCAAUGCGAAUUGAAACGAAUGACAGCGACAUGGAUGUCUGAAGCGAAGAUCGCAGCUCAUGCAAGCGAAUCGAGGACUGAAGUUCAUACUACAAUAUUAACAACCUAUUCUACACUUCUCUUCAGCAUAUCGAUAUUGUUCUCAUUGCUGCUUCCACUUACGGCAGCAUAUCUUCUGUCAACUUCAGUAUUACUUCCGGCAAAUAGCAGCAUACGAUCUGAUGCUGAAUGUCGAAGGACAUGUUCUAUACGCAUCGUUGAAUCGAUUCCGAAUAACAUCACAUUCGAAAAUGCGUCCUAUCCCAUAUCUACUUUCUAUGCCUGGAAUCGGCUAAUCCUCUCAGCUCAAAACGAACUCUGUAUAGCUGCUUAUAAGUCUAGUUUACAAGGAAAACAUGUACUCGGACAUAAUUCUCAACUCUCUCGACAGGGUGACUUCUUAUUUGACUCUUUGUUGCGAGCCGGAACUACUGGCAAUGUAAAUAUCAAAAUGGUAGAAAAUUAUCCACCAAAAGACAAAGGCGACAAUGCUGAUGGAAUUAUCCUACAGAAUAAAGGUGCCGUUCAUCGUCAUUCGCUAAAUAUCGAAAACGUUUUGGGAAAAGGAAAGAUGCACUCGAAAUUUCUCAUAUCCGACAGAAAGCACUUCUAUCUAGGCUCGGCAAACCUUGAUUGGAGAUCUUUGAACCAGAAAAUGGAGCUAGGAGUUCUGGUAGAGAACUGCGAAUGCCUCGCCGAAGACUUGAAAAACAUAUUCGACAUCUAUUGGGACAUUCCCAAAAAUUCGAAGCCGGAUAAUCUAAAUAGAAGGGCGUACUACAAUAUGGAGAAACCGCUUGAGAUAAUGAUUGGAGGCGAAGCUAGUGCCGUUUAUCUGGCAACUUCUCCAAAGGAGCUCAACCAUCAAGGGCGCACUUGGGAUCUGGAUGCCAUCGUCACGGAAAUCGACAGCGCAAGAGAAUUGCUAGAUAUUCAUGUCAUGGACUAUUUUCCGCUCAUCGUAUACACUAGUCCAAAAAAAUAUUUCCCGACCAUUGAUGAUGCCUUGCGACGAGCUAUUCUUCGUGGUGUUCAAGUGCGAAUUUUGUCUGCAGCACUGCACUAUCCAGAACUGGGUGUACGAUUCCUUCGAUCCUUAGCCGCUUUGAACAAUGUAGACGAGAACGCUACGGUUGAAGUGAAGAUUUUCAAAGUGCCAAGCGAUGACCUUGACAAUAUUGUCAUCAGCAGAGAACGGCGGACGCACAAUAAGUUUAUGGUAUCGGAAUCAGCCGUAAUAAUUGGAACAUCCAAUUGGUCUGGUGACUACUUUGUUGGAGGCACAACCGGUGCGGCCAUAGUCAUCAAACAAAAGAAGGGCAAGAGAGCUCUAAUACAAGAAAUGCGGACAAUUUUUGAGAGAGACUGGAAUAGCGAAUACGCUCACCCAUUAGAAGACUACUUUACUGGUUGCAUUGAACGAGGGGUGCAGGCUGAUUUUUGUGAAAGUGAAAAAGAUCCCAGUUUAUUUGAAACGACUGUUGCUCCUCGGAUAUCGUAAUGCAUAUAUGUGGCUAUUUAGUGUAAUGACUAUGAUAGAUAUUCAGCUAAGUAAUUUCCGUUUUUUCUCAGGUAUGUUAAGGUAGAUUUCCGGCUGACUGGUUGUAUUCCCGGAUUUUCUGUACAUUUUGUGCUUUUACUGCAUUUAGAUUAGUUCUUUUCUCGUAUAUCCCUAGUUCUUACUUCUUUCAAACUACUACGCUUUGCUCUCGAUUUGAUUACCAUAUUCUCUCAUUCGAUUAUGUGCAUUUCUUCGCUCAUUUUCACCAUAUAUAAUUAAUAUGAAAUAAUUUUUAUCUAAAUAUUAAUCAUACCUCGUAUUAUGUAUCCAAAGUGCCUUUCAAUUUUAUAUGAUAAUGUUUAUUGCUCUCUUCUUGUUCACUUGCUCCAGUUUCUUCAC